AAGAGCGGAGGAUUGUUCAGGAUGCACAACACUGACGCAGAUAUGUUUGAUAGGAAUCGAGCGCAACUUAAAGUAUCUGAGCGGCCAGAUUUGGAGAAAGGAAGUCCUCUCUGUGCAAAUGGCAGGCCGUCCAGUGACAGUAACGGUUGGAACCGUUUGGAAGCUUCAGUUGAACCCGUCACCGCCAACGCCCAUCAGACUGUCAGUUGGAGCUGUAAUCACCUGGACUUGCCUCACUGUGACUCGAGUGACCUUUGGCGUUGUGUAUUUCAGGGACUGCCCUCAGCAGCCGAACAUUCCCAACUAUCUGCUGGGGCUGGCUUUGAUUCCCCUGCUCAUGAUUCCCUUUGUGACUCUGCCCUGUGAGAGCUAUGGCGCUCAGACAAGAGAACGUCCCAGAGGUUUCAAAGCAUGCAUGGAGGGUUUUAUUGGCCUGUUUAUCUUCAUAUGGUCUCUUUUAGGUGAUGUGUGGGUUUUCUCGGUCUAUCAACCAAACUAUGACCCCUCUGCCGCUGAUGGCCUUUACUGUAAUAAAACCCUGUGCACGUUUGCCUUCUGGAACGUCGUAUUUGAGACGUUUGGAUUUGGAGUCCUCCUGGCCAAGUUCUGCAAAGGAAUGCUGUGCUAUGUUAACAUGAGUCCAGUAGACAGAGAUUUUUACGGGAAUGUUUGAGGUAUUGUAAAGAUAAUGUACGCUUUUAUUUAUGUAAAAAAAACAAAUGUGGCAACAUCGUGUUUUGUAUCUGAGAAACUAACAUAUUGAUCUUGAUUAUUGUUGUGUCUAUUCAGUAAACUCAAUGCAAUAUGAAUAUGAAUUAAACAAGUUUUUUAAUGAACUAAGAGGUUGACAGUUACUUGGUGAAAACAAAGGUAGAUUACAUUAAUUCAAAAUAAGUUUGUCACCAUGGAUACAUGUCAAAAUUAUACAGACUGAAAAAACGUUAGACUGCAAAUGUGAGGCUCCCAAAUUGGAUUUUCCAAAGAGUCACAAAAGAGGAUUUGAUUGUUGCAAUGCCAAAUAAAGAUAUUUCUACUUAAAAACGUUUCAGAACCACUGCUGCUUUGGACAAUUCAUUUACUGUUUGAACGGGAGUCCCACAACUGAUCCUAUCAUAAACAUGUGGAAGUUGUCAUCGCUGAUCAGCCAAUCAGGUGGAAGGUAGUGCAGCCGUGCACAUGAAAACCAGCUCAGGUCAACCACCCAGAAAAAAAACAAAAUCUCUAAAACAUUAACAGUUCAUUUGUCCGUCACGUGGUAGUUCAGCUUUAGACAGAGAAACUGUCCAGAACAGUCCAUCUAACAAAGUGAGAGACCAAUCUGCUACUAUGACGGAUAAAGUGACAGAGCUGGUCUCAAAGUGCCUUCAGGCCCGAGACUUGGCUUACUGUCCCUACAGCCGCUUCCCUGUCGGUGCUGCUCUUUUAACAGCAGAUGGCGCCAUUGUCACAGGUUGUAAUGUGGAGAAUGCCUCCUAUGGUCUGACCGUGUGUGCCGAGAGGACGGCCAUCCAGAGAGCUGUAGCUGAGGGACAUAGACAGUUCACUGCCAUCGCUGUAACAUGUGAUAUCAAAGACCGUUUUGUCGGACCGUGUGGAGCAUGCAGACAGGUUCUGAUGGAGUUUGGAUCAAACUGGACUGUGUAUUUGACUAAGCCGGAUGGAACUUACAAAGAAACUCAUCUUCAUGAACUGCUGCCUUUAGCAUUUUCCCCUGAACACCUCGCAAAGAACUGAAAACACGUCCACUGCACCUCUGGAUGGCCUGAGGCUCCAUGAUUUUAUUCCAACUAGCCUAGAAAAAACAGUAAAUAUGAAAACUUGCUGUAGACCUACUACAAACAUGUAACCAUGCAGUUGAUGUACAGUAAGUCUAUUGUAGUAAAAAAAAAAAAAGAAAAUAAAAAACAACUGUCAAGUUUGUAGUAAGCCAGAAAUUGAUAAAACUAUAAUUUUGUUUUUCAACUUAUAUCUACCACAAUUGACUGUAAAUGUGUUUGUGUCAAAUUUCAUUACGCAUCACCCUGUAGAAAUAUUCAACUUUAGAAUG